GGGGCUGCCUGGGCGGCCGGCCGGCCGGAGGGAGGGCAGGGGCACGCAGGCCGGGAGCUCGCAGGCGUUCCCUGAGCCUCCCUUUUCCUCCCCCUCUGCACUGCCCCUGCAAAACUGUGCCGGGAGUGCUUCAGGGCCGCGGGCAGAAGUGACCGGCUUGCGAGACAAACGGGGUCCUGGUGCUUCUGCGGCGGUUAAGGGAGAGAUGCUUGUAUCUAGCUCUGGUAGCCCAAAGUAAUAGAGCAGAUGCAGGAGCGUGCCUCUUAGUAUUAGGUCUGAAAUUUAUCUCAAAGCAUUUCUUCAUCUCAGGCUGAGUUGCUGUCAUCUUCUUGAAUUUAACGAGGAAAGAGAUAAACAAGGCUUUGGUGUCACUGAUCUGGCCACAGACUGUGCCCACAUGGAGGUCCUUGUGGAACUAUAAUGAAUGUGGAUUAGAAAGGGUAUGUCCGUACUGCUUCCAGUUCCUGGUUCCUGAUAGCUACCGGGUGCGUCUCAAACCAAAGAUGAAAGUGACUCCGCAGAUAGAGAAGGUUCUUAAACAUGAAGCAAAGAACCAUAAACUUAAUAUGAAACAGAUGAAGCUUUUGAAAAAGUACAGGGAGUCAAGAAGUGUUCUGCUGGUUACUUGCAACUCGUGCAACAAAACAACAAGACAUUAUGGUAAAAGCAGGGAUUUUCUGGCUACCAUGACACAAAAUUCUGGCACUCCAAGUAUUAAAUCUAGCCUGAGCACACCUGAUGUAAAAAUCCAGUCUGCAAACAAAGUGACAUCUGUAAGCUGCAGUAGGUUGGGAUCUAAAGGGAACAGUCCCUCAUCACUUCCCAGAACGUGUGUAUCCGGACAGGCAACAACCAGCUCUGCAUCCAAGACUCCCCGAAACUCCAAAUUUCACUUUUCUAAGCUAAAACGGAUGCUUAACCUAGAAGAAAGAGAAAGAAGCCAGAAGGCAGAUUUGAAAACCUUCUUGACUUUACUUUAGUUAUACGUUAUUUCAAAGUAAUAAAGAUUACAGCAAUAAGUAUUCUUCCAGUUUUAGUAAAUCAGCGAAGUGAUUUCUU